AUGUCUAGAUUGGAGAACGACGAGGUCGUUCGACUCUCCUAUUGCUGCUGCGGCUUCGACGCCACAGUCAAGGUCGGUUCCAAGCGUCGCAAUCGCAUUCUCGAAAUCGUUGGAGUGGGGAUGGAAUCCUCGUUUCGAGGGUUCGGUCGCGAUCUCACUUGUUUUGUUGUGGUUCAGACCUCGAAGAUAUUGAUGUACGUCGGGUUGGUCCUCGAUGGCCUUGGACUUCUCUUCGUGACACUUGGGUUAUAUUUCCUAUUGGGGCCGGACCGGCGAGCGUGUCAAAUUGUACUUUCCCUCGUUGGCGGUUUGAUGUCCAUCCCUAGCAGAAGGGCCUUGAAAAUACAGAAGAAGAUGAAGAAGGUCGCAGCAGCCCAACAGGGACAUCCCAACACGCCCCAAUACCAACAGGGACAUCCCAACACGCUCCAAUACCAACAGGAAUAUCCCAACAGGCUCCAAUACCAACAGGGACAUCCCAACACGCCCCAAUACCAACAGGGACAUCCCAACACGCUCCAAUACCAACAGGAAUAUCCCAACACGCUCCAAUAUCAACAGGAACAUCCCAACAGGCUCCAAUAUCAACAGGGACAUCCCAACAGGCUCCAAUAUCAACAAGGAAAUCCCAAUAGGCUCCAAUACCAACAGGGACAUCCCAACACGCCCCAAUACCAACAGGGACAUCCCAACACGCCCCAAUACCAAAAGGGACAUCCCAACACGCCCCAAUACCAAAAGGGACAUCCAACAAGCUCCAAAACCAACAGGAAUUUCCCAACAAGCUCCAAUACCAACAGGAAUAUCCUAACACGCUCCAAUACCAACGGGGACAUCCCAACACGCUCCAAUUCCAACAGGGAUCCCGUCAUUACGGUCAGCCGCGGCUUCCUAUGA